AUGGACGUUACGCCCGCCAAUCCUCUGGGACAGUGGAUUUCUUGGGCCCUACGCUCCUGUGGUUCCAUUCGUCCGGCUCGUGAAGAUACUCUUCCUACUUGGGACAGCAUGGCGGAGUACGAUGAGGCCGGGCACACCAUGAGGCCGUCGAGGGUGUUGUCGUCGGUUUUCCAGUCCAUGGCCGAAGAAGACCCUGCCGCGUCGAGAACUUUCUACUCAACCUCCUCUCCCAGUGCCACGUCUGUCCCCCGUUCGACGUCCGCAUCGGCUCGUGCGGCUGCCGCUGCUUUUGUGGCUGCCUCCGCUUCUGCGGCUGCCUCCGCCUCUGGCAUUGGGGUGUCUCGCUCGGUUACUAUCGGCGCCACUUCACCACCCUCUAUGUCGGCCACAGUCAACCCCACUGCCGCUAGCGGACACGGAGGCGUUGACCAGGCUAGGAACAUUGAGGCCGGGGUGGACAACGUUGUUAACAAGGCGAUCGACGAAGCGGAGGAGAGGAAGGCCGGCAGCAUUGUGGACACGAAGAAUGAGAUCGACGAUAACGGUGAGCACGACGAGGAUGAAGGCAAUGUCGCGACGUACUAA